AUGGAGUUAAAUGAAGAUCAGGAUUACAAUGUCUGCUCUAAAGAAACUAGAGAAAACGCAAAUUCUCGUCUUGAUGAAACUUCUACUUCAUUAACUGUAAAUGAAUUAUUAUCUGUAGAUGGAACUAAUGAUUUUAUAACUUCAAUUUCAACAAAACAUAAUGAUCUUAAAUUAGAAUCAUCAUAUUCUCUUGAUGUCCCAGAAUUUAAUUUAAAAAAAAAUUAUCUAUCGCAAAAACCAUCAGAGAAAAGUAUUGAAAAAAACAGUCAUAAUAAAACUUACAGUCAAAUCGUUCGUUCUCAAGAUAAGAAUGCUAUUGACAUUGAUGAUAACGAUGCAAUUAUAAAAUCUAAGAAAGAAUUUGAUGAUUCAAAUAAAGCCUUAAUUUCGAAAAUUCAAGAUUCAAAAAUAAGGAUAGAAGGAUUGAAUAAUGGGUCCACAUCCACCACAUCCAAAAUAAUUUCACAUUCUUCUUCGGAUAGAUCAUCUCAAUCUUCUACUUCAACAACUAUUAAUAGAAAAGAAAAAAAAUCUUCCGAAGAAUUUAAAGUAGUAUUUCACGUACACAUGCCACCUAAUUGUCAUAAUCUAGGAACUCCAUAUGUUAUAGGCAAUAUUAAAGAAUUGGGAAAUUGGGAUUCGCCUAUCGUCAAACUUCGACAUUCAAAUCGACGUUCCAUAUCCAGUCCUGAUUCUUAUUGGUUUUCCGAUCCAAUUCGAAUUUCCCUCUCAAACUUUGAACAUACAAUCGAGAUAAAAUACAAAUAUGGAAUUGUUGCCUCUCAACAUGCUAAAAGCAAACAAAUUAUUUACGAAGGUUCUGGGCAAGAAACUGAUCGUUUGCUUUCAUUACAAAAUAGGAAUCAAUAUGACAUCUGGUUAAGCAAUGAUAUACUUGUUUCUGAUGUUAGAGACUUUGCUUUUGUUGAUGUUAUAUAUAAUUCAUUAAUUCCGGGAAAUCUCAAAGAAAAGAUUAUUGAAUUUCAAUCAAUCGUAAAUGAUCAUAGGAAUUAUGCGUUGAAUUCAUCAUCUCCGAAAUUUAUAAAAGAUUAUCUGUGUGAAACAAGAAUAAGAGAAAAUAGAUUUUUCUUGCUAUAUCUCUUAGGGUUCUAUGUUCACGAGUGGCAACGAAACUUAUACCAUCGUUUCGAGCUACCGGUCUCAUUCCCAUCCUCUGUUUUAAUCGACAUAGUCAAAUACAUUCGUGAAAACACUUUCCCAUCGGAAACACAUCCUAUAAUCGCAACAGCUAUUGAUUCUUUGGUAGAUCAUAAUGCAUACCACGCAGAAUUGGAAUGGCUCAAGAUAUUUUCUGCAGCACCGUUGGUUGAUCCCGAAUACAGAUUUAUUGAUUCACUUGGUGAUUUAAGAUACAUCGAUGAAAGUUUCAAUAAAUUUAUUAAUAAUCUGAAAGAGAUAGCCUUACCACAUAUUAAUAAUAUUACUGAUGAAAUAAUUUAUAUAAGAGUUGCAAGAUGGUUAAUCACAAUAUGCAAUAACAUGAAAUCACUUACUACUGUAUGGAUGGAAAUUAUUAAACAUGAGAAUCAUAUAGACGCUCAACUUCAAACAACACUUUUGGAUAGAGUUCAAAAAAAUAUUGCUGAUUUAGAUGUCAUCGAAUUAAGUGAUCGAUUUUUGAAACUUCCAGUUGGUCUUGGGGUAUUAGCAGAAGAAGUAUUUCGAGGGAGAAUAUUAAUGUAUUUACAAUGUGGACGCAAUCUACAAACCUAUCCUUCAAAACAUUUUAAGGCAAUUGUCAAACUUUUGGAGUGCCCAAAAUUAUUCUGGAAUUCUGAAGAUUAUAUAAAUUCGUUAGAUUUAAUUUCAAAAUUUACGGAUAUUGAAAUGUUGGCAUAUUUUAUAAAACAUCUAAAAAAUUUUUUGAAAAAAUUUGAUGUUACGGGGGAGAUUACAAUAAGUGAAUUCUCAAAAAUUUGUUUACAUUGGUAUCAACGAUUCAUGAAUAGAUCGAAUAGUAGUAACUCCGCUUCACAUAUUGAUAAUUAUGCCUUUUUUGUUUUCAAUUAUGCUGCAAAACUUUGUCAGGUAGUUAAUAAUAUCGAGAAAUUAUGUGAAGAAAUAAUGGGAAUUGCCGUAAAUUGUGUCUCUAAAUGUCCGGAUAGUUUGAUUUAUAGAGCAAUAUCAGAAGUGAUUAAUCUUGAAGAAACUGUGGCUAAUUUGUUUUUUGAAUUAGUCAAAGAUAGAUUAACAAACGCCACUCAAAAUGCAGAUAAAAAACUUUUAUCCAUAGUCCGUCAAAUUUGUAAUAAUAAUUAUGAAAUUUUAAAUGUUCCAAAUAGUCAUUGUGAAGAAUUGUUGUGUCACAUAAUGACUCUCUUGCAGGAUCACUCUCAAUUUGAUUAUGAAACAAUUUCUACAUCUUUCCAUUUGAGCCUUCUUAGUGGUGCUAAAUUUUGGAAAGUAAUAUUAUGUGCGAAAGGCUUUGUUGAAAAUCUCAAUGAACAUCAUUAUGUCUUAAAUGUCAUACGCGCAAUCUCCCAACUUGGAUGCAUGAUUAUAGAUGAAACAAUUGAUAUUCGUCUUUUACAAGAUCUUUUGAAGUAUGAUAACGAAUUUUUGUUGAAUUACUUUAAUUCUGUGUCCAUUAUUAAUGAAGAUGAUGAUAAAGAGAUUUUUAUUACCGAGGAAGUCCUUAAUGCAAUUCGUAAAAAAUGUAGAGAUUACGAACAAACAUUUGAAUGCUUAAAUUCUUUCUAUAUUAAAUAUUGUCCCUCAAAUAAAGUUAUAGAUGUUCAGAAUUAUAUACAAGAUUUACAUGAACAAAAAAUUCAAUGGGAGUCAACACCUCUACAGACGACACAAAUUCCUGAUUAUUGGGAAUUUCAUCAAGUAUUAGAGAUGUCAGAAUUUGUAUACAAAUAUAGCAAGUCUCAAAUAUUCUAUAAUAUCUUUGAAACAAAAAUUAAAGAAAUUGAAGAGGUAAUCGAUGUGCUUUAUAUCGUGCAAAUUAUUUUACCAGAAAUUUUAAAUAUUUAUGAAGAAAGAUGUAGGGAAUAUGAAAGUUGGGAAGAAUUGAAAUUUUGCAGCGCAGCUAUUUUAUGGAGAAAUGUCACUGACAUUAAUACCGAAUUGAAUUUUAUGAAUGAAUUCGAGGAAAUUGAACAAACUCCAAAUUUCUUAAAGACAUUAUCUUGUCUUUCUAAAGUAAAGCAACUGGUUCAGAAUUUGCAGCAAUUAUCCAAUGUAGUUGAAAUUUUCAAAGUUCCACGUGAAAAAGGAGAUUGGAUUGAAUUGGCACUUGAAGAUUUAGAUAGUCAAGAGAUACCAUUAGGAAAAUUAAGUUCAAUUACUGAUUUUGUUAAUAGUUGUCUUAUUGACAUUGAUGAGAAUAGUUGGUCAUUAAUAAAAGAACUUUCAGUAGCGGUAGAUUUUAUUACUUUCUUACGGGAAAUUGCUGGUCAUGAUCUUAAAAAUUUGAUUAAUGGUGUUGAUGACGAAAGAUUGAUUCAAGAGGAUACAGUUUCUUCACUUAUUCAAGUCAAACAAUUUUUGCUUCCUUUAUUAAACGUUGCACCUAAAUUGAAUUUGGAUUCGUUCUUGCAAGAAUUACGUAAAGUCUCAGUUCAGAAUCCUACGUUGGCGAGUAAAAUUACUCUAUGUAAUAGCAAUAAUAUGGCUUUACAAAAUAUGUACGCGAAUAUUAGUAACCGAGGCGAAGUUACAAAAGAAAAAAUACAAAAUGCUGUAAAGAUUGGAACCUAUAAAUUUGAAUGGACAUCUAAAAGUUCCAAAUGUAAAGUGACGUUAUCCUAUGAUAUCAAUAAAACGACUUCCGUAUCAUAUGGUAUUAAUGAUUUACAGGAUCUAAGAGGAAGAGCUUUGUUAAUUGCUAAACCUUGCGCAUCUAUGGAUGUUUCUACAGAUAAAAAUUCAAAAGUUAAAGAUUCAAAGCAUAUUAUGGAAGAAUUUGUUCGGCAAGUAGAUAUUAUACAAGAAAUUGUUAAUAUUUCAGCAAGAUUAAUUGAAACCGGAAAUUUUGGAUAUCGAGAAUUCCAAGCGUCAAUUAAAGGCACCGAAAAAAUGAUUCAAUUAUCUGAAAAGUUGCAAACUGAUUUGAAAAAAUGGGAAAGUUUGGUAAAUAAAGCUCAACAAAGUCAUUUUUAUUUGACGUUUUUCCCUGCCCGUCACAUAUUAGAAUUUUAUGAUUAUUUCGUUAGUAAACCUAGUAAAUCGUUUGGCAAUAAAAAAUUAUGUUCAACUCUUGUAAGAUUUGUAAAUCCCAAAGCCAAAUUACCACCAAAUACUAAAGGCAACGGGUUAACUGCCAAAAAAGACGCUCAUUUACAAAUUCUAAAUGAAAUCGGUUUAAAAUUAAAUAACAUCUUCACGAAGGUAUCUAAAUCUAUUCGACUUCUUAAAGCACCUGGAGAACGUGUAAUUUCGGAUGUUGCUGAACGCGGAAAAUUAUUCGUCGCCUCAUGUACUGACAAGUCACGUUUGCCAAAUGUUAUUAUGUCUUUAUAUGCCAAUCAUGGAUCAUAUCCUGAAGCCUGGCAAUUGUUAAUCUGCACAACUUCAACUACCUUAGAAGAACUUUCUAUAUUUAUCAAAAGAUGUUUUUUGGCUCCAAAACAUGGAUAUGAAAAUCAUUUAUUUUGCAUGGCAAACUUGGAAUUACUUGAUUAUGAUUUACAAUAUAACCUGGUAAACAAGAUCAGGUUGAUGAAAGAGAAAGAAAAUAAUUAUUACUUAGCUUUAAUUUGUUGCCCAGAGGUUGGAAUGCAUCAUCAUAUCUUGGACCAAUUUUCAGAUUUUCGAGUUACCAAUGGUCUAAAUACGGCAGCAAUGAAAAGUAUUUAUGAAGAAUUAUGCCCAAAAGUCUUAUGCGUUUCUUCAGAAUUGUCAGGACAGGGAAAGUCUGAAUGGAUUAGAAAUGAAUGUUUUAAAAUGAAAAAGUAUCCAAGAAGUUUUGUUAUUAGUGACAAUGCUAAUUAUGUAAAGUUGGUUAAACAACUAAAAGAAUUUCCCCUCAGACCAUUUGAUUGUAUGCACAUUAAUAUAAUUUCCUCAGAUUAUCCUGGAGAAGUUAAUAUGUGGUUAUUUCAAGUAUUAACUUUAUGGGUCGUUUCAAGUAAUGCGAAUAUUGCUUGUAUUCCAAAUACGUGUAUUUUCAUAGAGAUUGCAUCUAGUUUUGAACAACAUUUACUUAGAUCACUCCCAAUAAUUGAAUGCUUAAAAAGGACUCAUCUGACAUGGGAUAUCAAGAAUCUAUUAGUUACUAAUGAAAUCAAUAGUCCAAUGCAAACUGUAUGUCGUUACUUAAAUGCCCUUGAAUUAAAUGAGCUUGAAGAAAACGAUGUGAACAUUAAGGAAUCCAAAGAAAUUAUUUCCACUGAAUUAUGCCAACAAUUAUUAGAUAAAUUUUUCUUUGAAGAUAAUAAUCCAGAAGAUGUUUCGUCUUAUAGAUUUCUUGAAAUUUUUGUCAAUGUAUUCGCGGAUCAAUUGAUGAGAUUAUCUUCAAGUACAUAUUUUAAAGUGCAAAAUAUAAAAUUGAUGAUGGAGGAAAAAUCAAAUAUUCGAACCACAUUAGUAAAAACUUUAUUGGAAGUUUCUAAAGAUUUUGCUACUCGAUCAAUACAAACGAAAUCAGCUCAAUUAGAAGCAACUUCGGUUGAUUCGAUUGAAAAUGAUGCAUUGGGUACAAUUGUGAAUUGGGAUGAUUCAAAUCAUUUAUUGGUAUUUUUCUUAUCACAAAUACCAGAUUCAAUAUGUGCGUUAUAUAGAGAUUCUAAAAAAGUUCCUAGAAAUGUUAAGACCUUAUUAAAAAGUCAACAUGUGGAUGAAACAAAUAUAAAAUGGAAAUUGGAUAAUUAUCGUAAAAUGAACGCUAAAACCUUACUAGAAAAAUUAGAAAAUAUUGCCAGAAAAACUCACCAUGCUAUUGAAUAUCCACCAUAUGCUUUGUCAGCCGAUAAUUUAUUAAAGAUGGCUUUAAUUUUAUUGAGGACACGAGCCAAUAUACCAGUAGUAAUUUGUGGAGAAGCUGGAUGUGGAAAAACUAGCUUAAUUGGAUUUCUUGCUCAAGUGGUGGAAGUUCAAUUUCAUGCUCUUAAUCUUCACGCAGGCAUAACUGAAGAUAUUAUUGCUCAAUUCAUGAAUGAAGUUCAAUUUAAUGCUAAAAAUGGUGAAAUUUGGGUAUUCUUUGAUGAAAUAAAUACAUGUAAUCAUAUAGGUCUCUUGGCCAAUUUGAUAGCCCAUCGAAUAUAUCAAGGAAAAUCUAUUAAUUCUAAUAUACGAAUAUUUGCCGCAUGUAAUCCUUAUCGUAUGCGUACGAAGAGUAUCAGUGAAGUAGGCCUUGAGGCGAAAAAAUUCGAAGAACAAAGUAAUCUCGUAUAUGAAGUUAAACCUCUUCCAGAUCAAAUCCUUGAUUAUGUUUGGGAUUAUGGUAUACUUCAUCAAGAUGAUGAAAAGAAAUACAUCCAGGUCAUGGUUAAUACGCAGUUAAAAGAACUAAAAUUGAACAAUCCUGUUCUUUCGGAACUAAUAUUUGCAUCUCAGCAAUAUAUUCGACAAGUGGAAGAGCCGUACAGCGUUAGUUUACGUGAUGUCAAGCGAACAAUAACACUUAUCAAAUUCUUUCAUAAGAGUUUACAAAAUCGUCCGCCAAUUCGAAAGGGAUUAAAAUAUCCUUCGACGAUGACGUUCAACCUGAAAAUUCGUUCAUAUGUGUUAGCAUUGGGACUUUGUUAUCAGUCAAGAUUGUAUGAACAAUCAUUACGUCAAGAAUAUCGUAAAAAAAUGUGUAAUAUAUUUGAGAAGGAAAAGAUUCAUUUGAAUGAGAAAGAAUUUAUUAAGAUAAUUCGAGAAGAACAAGAAGAUUACAUUAAUAGAAUGGUUUGUCCACCAAAUACUGCACAAAACGAAGCGCUUUUGGAAAAUGUAUUGGUCAUGAUAGUCUGUAUAUUAACAAGAAUUCCAGUUUUUAUUGUUGGUGCACCUGGGUUUUCAAAAUCAUUAGCCAUUAGACUUGUUAGUCAAAAUUUAAGAGGUUCAGAUUCGAAUGAUGAAUAUUUUAGAAAAUUGCCACAGGUAUAUCUUAUUCCUCAUCAAGGAUCAUCAUCAUCGACAUCCGAUGGUAUUUUUAAGGUUUUUCGAAAAGCCCAGAAUUUCCAAGAAACAAGUUCAAAAGAAUUUCCUGUCAUUAGUGUAGUAUUAUUGGACGAAGUACUUCAUUUUUUACUUGAACCAAGCUAUCCUUCCGAUGGUCCAGAUGUGUCUGUUAUUGGUAUAAGUAAUUGGAGAUUGGAUAAUAGUAAAAGCAGUAGAGCGCUAUUAGUUCAAAGACCAAAAUUUGAUCUUGAAGAUUUAGUGGACACGGCUGUUCGUUUACUUGACAAUAAUGAAACUAAUGGUCAUACCCAUAAGAAUUCAUUGUAUCCACUUGCAAUUUCUUAUUCUGAAUAUGAGCAAAAAGGUCAAAUUCAUCCCAAUUUUCAUGGUCUUCGUGAUUAUUAUGCUUUGGUGAAGUCACUCUGCUCGAAAGAAUUAACUCCUGAAAAUAUUCAAAUGGCGUUGGCAAGAAAUUUCGGUGGCACGGAACAAUUUCCUGAAAUUUGUCAAAAAUAUUUUGGUAACGUUAUUGAUACAUUUAAUAAUCAUCGAGGAUGGACUUAUGUUCCAAUACCAAUAGAACAAUUGAUUCAUGCUAAUUUGGAUGAUGAAGGGGCAAGACAUUUAAUGAUAAUUGGAAAGAGUGAUUCAAUAGUAAAUUUAUUAACGUAUCAAUUAAGACAAAAAAAUUUGGAUCCAGUUGUUAUUUUUGGAUCACAAUUUCCAGACGAUCAAGAUGAUUAUUCAUAUAAUAUUUUAAGUAGAAUUAUGAUGUGUGUUGAAGCAGGACGACCUUUGAUUUUAACAGAUUUAGAAAUUAUAUAUGGGAGUUUAUACGAUUUGUGGAAUCAGAAUUAUAUUGUUGUUGGCAGUUCUGAGGAUCCAAAGUAUUACACGAGGGUUGCACUUGGUGCUUACGCUAAUCCUAUGUUAUGCAUUCUGGUGCUUGAUGAAAAAAAUUUACCAAAAGCUGAUCCCCCACUCUUGAGUCGAUUUGAAAAGCAAAAAAUGACAAUCACUGACAUCUUGAUUGAUUAUGAUAAAGAAUUAGUUGAACAAUUAUUCAUUUGGACAAAACAAAUGUCAACUAUUGAGAAUUUGGAGAAUUCCUUGGUUUCUCAUGAUAAGUUUACUGAAAAUGAUUUAUUUAUCGGAUUCAAUCAAGACGAAACUUUGCAGAGUUUAGUCAUUGAUAUGAAAAAGAAAUAUCCGAAUGCUCAAAAUUCAGAAAUUUUGACAAAAUGUAAAGAAUCAUUAAUUGCCAUCGCCUCAUCUGAUGGAAUUGUAAGAGCAGAGAAAUCCUCUUUGAGCCUUGAUGAAGUAAAUCAUUGGAAAGAUGUUUACUUUAAAAUUCAAUGUCAUAACCAUUUGGCUGAUUAUUUUAAGGAUUUAUUGAGUAAUCAGAAUUCACCAUUGUAUCCUGAUGGUCAUCUAGUUAUCGUUAAUACAUUCUCUAAUAUUAAUACUGAUGUCAAAUUAUGCUUAAAAAAUUUGACUACAUGUCAAGUUUUAAAACUUUCAACUUUCAAGACUGAAGCUCAAUUUCAUAAUCAAGUCAAGAAUUUUUGGCUUGAAUCUUCAAGUGAAACGUUAAUAAUACAAUGUGACAUCAAUACUAUGAAUGCUGGAUGUAUUAAAUUAGCUAAAUUUGUAAUUGAUCAAACAAGAAGCGAAUAUUUGAUGAAAAAGAAACAGCAAAAUGCAGAAUACUUGAAAAAACAUGCGUGCAUAAUUCUUCAUGUUCACAGAGAUCACAAAACAUCAUUUAAUGCCUUUAACUUUAUGUGUGGAUGGAAAAAUGUGACGAUUGAGUCUCUAGCACCACAAGAAAAAUCCUUAGCUGUUCUAUUGAAUGGAAAUUUAAGUGAAAUCAUUAAUACAACUUAUCCAUUUGAAGAGAUUUUGCAACAAGAAUUAUUAUGGUCUCUUAAUGCAAAUAUUUCGAAAAGUGAAACUUUUAUCAAUUUUUUGAAAAUGAAAACUCAAGAAUUGCUUCAAGAUAAUCAUUCAUCUCAGGAUUGGCAAUAUUAUGUUGCUUCCAACAAAAAGCUCUUGUAUCCAUAUUCAUCGUUCUCUGCUGCAUUACAAGCUCACAUACGUUCAAUAGUUCGUGAACCAAUUGCUAAAAUUAUCUGUGCCCUUGAAAGAUUAUCCGCAACAAAUGCUUGCUUCACUCUUGAAAAAUCAAUAUCUCAGUCAUCAUCACAACAUGAUUUACAAUUGUUGGAAUUCUGGAAGAAAAUGUUCAAUGACAAAGUUAUAAUGAAUAUUGACGAGUUAUCUGUUCCAAAAUCAGAAGGAUAUUUAAUGCCUCCCGUAAUUUAUGAUCUUCAAUUUCCAUUUUCCUUUUAUUUUAUAAAACAAAUUGAUGGUUUCAAAAAGAUAUAUGAAGAAGAGUUGUAUUUACUCAAAGAAGAUUCAAAUAAUAUUGAUCCGGAGACAGGAGAUCUUUAUGAAUGGGCAAUAAUUGACCACAUAAAGACCUUAAGUAGUAACAUAAUUUCUUCAGUUGCUAAUCUCAAGACUUCUCCCUUGGAAUAUUCAUCAAAAUUGUAUUUCAAUGAUUUUGUAUCAGUGAUUUGUACUGAUAAUUCUUGUACGAAACAUAUGUCUUUAUUGUCAUCAAUAUUCCGAGGAAGAUUAGGUUUUGAAAAAGUGAAUGAUCCAUUUUUUCUUCACACGCAUUGGUGGAGAUAUUCUUCAUCAAUAAUGAUAGAACUUCAAAUCGCACAAUUAUGUCCGUCUAUCAUAAAUAAUUCAUCUUUUGCAAAUGAGAAUCUAUUAAAUAGCUCUUUUGGAAAUUAUCUCAUUGAGGAGGUCACAAAAUUUUUGCUUAAAAAGUUGAAUGAUAUUAAAAUUUCUGCUCAAGACAAUAUUCCACAACUUAUCAAUUGGCAACACGAAGCAAAUUUAAUUUCAAUAUUGUGUGGAAAACUUCCCGAAGCUCCUCAAUUUGCUUCAUUACACUUGUUGCAAAUGUGCAAUGACUUUGUAUUAGCAGAUUCAAUUACAUUAACAAGUAUUAAAGAGAUCAUGAAGAUAAGAGAUUUAAUAAAUUCAACAUUUAAUGGAAUAGAUAUAUUUACACCAAAGUUUAUAAAGACAGUUUUUACAAUGCUAGACAAACUUCCGAAUACCAAUGAAAAUUCAGCCCCAAGAUUAUCAUUUAUUCUUAAAUGUUUGGAAAUAUUAUCUCUUGAAUCACCAUCCAGAUUAGAACUUUACAAAAAUAUAUUUUCACAUGAACCUAUUCCUAUUAUGAGCAAUUCCAUUAUUAGCUUAAUCUUUAAACAAGAGGAAAAUAAAAUCCCAAAAGUAUUUUUGGAAUUAAUUAAAAAUUCCAAUAGGAUUUUGUCCCUUUCUCCAAGGCUCAAGAUAAUCACUGAUUGUUUGAAAUCUAAAGGAUUAGAUUCUUCAAUUUCAACAUUAUGUUGUGAUAUUCUUCAAAAAUCUUUCUUUUCAAAAUGUACUUUCAAAGAAUUAGCAGAUAAUUAUCAAUAUUCUGUUAAUUCUUUGCAACUUACCAACACAAUAUAUUUACAAAAGAUUUGUGCCAUUGCUUUAUUAAAAGAAUUUGUUGAAAAAUUCUGGGAUCAUUGUAUUUCGGAUGAUAUAUUAAAGCCAAUUGAGUUUGAUGUUACAGAAAUUGAAGGCAUUGAUAUUACAAGAUUAAUCGAAGAGAUUAAUAAUAGUAUGACUUUGGAUCUUCCAUUAAUCCAAUCAUUAAAGAUUUAUUUCUUACGAGCAUUGCGGUAUCGAGGAUUGUCAAUGAGUGAUAUCAGACAUUUUUGUGAAGUGCAAAAACAAAUUUUAUCAUGGUUUCAAACAUUACCUUGGGAUGAAGGUUAUCAGUCAAGAUUGCCUUUUAAUCCUUAUUGGUCAAUUGAAGAAUAUGUUUCUAUGGAAAAAUGUUUUACAACACUUUCUGGAAUGAACAACAAAGGAUCAUUUAACUCAUUCUUUUUAAACUUGAAAAAGAAAGAAAUAUCUCAAGCUUCAUUAUCUUCAAUAGCCUUGAUGGGAUUGAUAUUUUAUCGACUUCACUCAAUCAGAGCUUCACAGAAUUGGAAAGAUUCUGAAAAUCAAAUGGCAGAAUUCUUAUCUGAAAAAAUUGAAAAAAAUAGUACUUUUUCAAAUAUUUAUAAAGAAACUAUAACUAAACUUAUUAAGAAUAAUCAUGAAUUACUUCACUUUGAUCUUACCACCACAAACAUCGAAUUACUUCAAAAAUCUGUGAUUAGUCAUGUUAUUGCGUUAAAUGCUUCAAUUCCAGCCGAUUCAUCUCCACUUGCUUAUAUGUUACAGAAUUUGAAUCAAUGUUCUUCGUUAUAUAUCCUUACAUGUCCUUCGGAUGUCGAGUCAGUUCUUAUUAGUGCUGUUCUUCAAAUUGGAGGUCAGGUUACAAGGUAUUCAUGUAUUUGUGGAUAUAAAUAUGUAAUAGCAAAUUGUGGAAUGGCUAAUGGAACAGGUACAUGUCCAGAAUGUAAGGCUACAAUUGGUGGUAUUAACCACGUUAUUGCCACAGGUCAAAAAAAACUUGAUUCAAACCCAAUUACUCGAGCCAUAACAGCUAACGAUCAAGUUGGCUAUAUUUGUGAGACUGGAAAUACUGAAAUAAGUCAAAGUAUAAGAUUAUUAAACCCCACAUCAUAUAGAAUUCUGCAUUUAUUUGUUCAUGCUAUAAUUGGAGCUCGGGUGCCAUCACAAACUGCUACGAGAUUUUUACAAAAGAAUAGUGAAACUGUCAACGAUCCAUCAACGUAUUGUAUGGAUCACAUUAAAAGUGAUUGGAUUGUACUAAAAAGAAUUUUGAAUCUUUCCGACGAAAAUUUGGCAUUAUUAUUACAUUCAAUUUUGGAUUUGAUGACCAAACAACCUUCAAAGAAUUCCAUACUGAAAAAAAGCGUGGAUCGAGAAGAAUGGGAAGCAAAUUUUUCACGUAAUUAUGUUGAACCAGCAGUUAGGAGUAGUACUGCAACUGCUACAGAUUUCGAGUUGGAAAUUUCUAAGGCUGAAACAAAUUCUCAAGAAAGUGUGAAUAUUAUUGAAGUAGAAAUUAAUCAGACAUUACAAUUUGAUAAAAAAUAUAGUAUGCAACACUUACCAAUGUUAUGGCGAACAAUUGAAGAUAUAAAUUUUGAAAGUUUUCGGGCGUUUUAUUCUGGAGACUUGUCCAAAAAUACCGAAAACUAUCCUUUCCUCUCAAUUUUCUUCAAACAUGAACAACAAUUAUCGUUUGUCAAAUAUCUAUUGCCAAUCGUCAAAUUUGUAAGAAUAUUAUCAUCAAAACUUGAAUAUAGAGUGAAUCGAUCGCAGGCCCAAUUGCUUACAUUCCAAGAAUUUCUAGCCGAUAGUGAAGAUUCCACCGAAAUUAAUAAUAAUAAUUUGAAAGUUGCAUUUGAAGAUUUUGCACAAGCGUGGAAUUCAGUGAUCAAUCAUGUCAAGAAUUACCAAUGUCACGAACUUCCAUCAACAAAACCAUUAAUUGACAUUGAAUCGCCUAUAACAUUUGGAUUAAUAGAACCAAAAGAUACUGGAGUUUAUAUUUGUGCUAUUCUUGAAUACCUUAUUGGUAUUCAAAAUAAUUUCUUACAAGAAGUUGCUACCAUCACUCCCGGAAAAUGUCAUUCACUAGUGUUCCUGGAAGAUAGAUUAUUCAAUGAAAAAGAUCCGAAUAUAACUACUACUUCAAAAUCUGUUAAAUCCGUGACUCAAUAUUAUAUCCAAUCUAUGAUGAUUGAACAGAUUCAACCUAAUAAUAUUGUCAAUUUUCAAUGGAAUGAUGACAUCCUUCAGUAUAGUCAAAGGAAUCUUCGGGUCGGUAGGGGUCGAGAUGUUGCAUUUAAUUUACAAAAAAUUGAAUCAGAACUUGCAAAUUCUUUAGUUUAUGAAAAAGUUUUUAUUGAUACAGUAAACGAUUCCCAAUUAUACAUGAGACCAUUCACAUAUCAUAUGGAAUUAUUCCAAGGAUAUAUAAGAAUAUUAGGUGAAAUCAAAGAUUUGAUUCCACAACAAUCUAUUCCAACAGAUAAAGUAGCUUUAAUUCUUUCUACUUCAAUCUCAUCUUCAGGGUAUCAAUAUUUGACAUUUGAUAAUGCAUCCGAAUUACUUUCUUCCUUGGAAAUUCUACUUUGUUUUGUCAAAAAAACUUUAGUAGGGGAUGGAGAAAUUCUGAUUGAUGAAUAUGUUAAUCAAUGGAUGAAACUUUCAAAUCUACUUGAUAAUGAAUCAUUCGUUGGUAUUCUAAAUGCAAGUUUGAAAUUGAAACAUUUAGUAGCAUUAUAUGAAUUGGUCGAAGAACAAGUUGCAAAUGGUGUUAUCAAAUAUAUAGAUGACAAAUAUAAAGAAACUUUGACACCAGAAUUGGAACAAGAUAUCACAUCAGUUAUUAGUUAUGAAUCUUCUGAAGAAUAUUAUUCAUUAUCACCAACCACUAUGGAUAAUGAACAAACAAAAAUACCAGCAGACCAUUUUGCAUCAGCCUUAAAAAGGUUUAUGUUAAGAUUCCUUAACGAGAAUUCUAAUAAAGCGACAGAACCGAUGUCAAUUUAUUUUUCGGACAUGUCACUUAAUCUGUGGUCUCCAGGUGUCAGUGAAGAAAUUGUGGAUAAUUAUUUCCCUGAUAGUUUAUUGGUGGCUCAUAUAUAUGAAGCAUACAUGUUUGUUAAUUCUAAACUAGAAACAAUUAAAAAGCAAACACCAAUCGUCACAAGAACAACUGCCAUCGCUCCCCCACCAGUAACAAAAAUUUUAACUACUGGAAAAAAAAGGACUGUAAAAUCUGUUUCGUCUUCAUCAUCUACAGUCAAAAAACCUCUUAAACCUUCAACAUUCAGGGUUAGAUAUACAACGGUUACAAACAGUGGAAAUAGUUCCAGUAAUUCAUCAAAUAAAACUGUAACCAGUAGCUCCUCAAGGAGUAAAUUUGGUAACAAAUAA